GGCAGCAGCAUGGGGCCGCCCGAGGAGGUGCGGGCGCGGCUGGAGCGGGCCGGCCAGGCUCACCUGCUGCGCUUCUGGCCCGAGCUGCGUCCGGCGCAGCGCGCCUCGCUCCUCGCCUCGCUGGAGCCCGGCCUGGGCGAGCACUGCCGGCUGGCGGCGGCGGCCCGCAGCCGCGAGCGGGACCCGCUGGAGCGCCUGGACGGCCGGAUGGAGCCGCUCCCCGCCGAGCUGCUGGGCAGCGUCCGCCGCAGCGACCCCGCCGCGCUGGAGCGCUGGGAGGCGGAAGGUUUCCACCAGAUCUCGCAGAACAAAGUGGCAGUGCUGCUUCUGGCUGGUGGUCAAGGAAGUCGCUUGGGAGUGAGCUACCCAAAGGGCAUGUACGAUGUGGGGUUGCCUAGUGGCAAGACCUUGUAUCAGAUCCAAGCAGAAAGAAUCCGGAAAGUGGAGCAGCUCACCAGCCAGAGAUACCACCACAAGUGUACCAUCCCCUGGUACAUUAUGACAAGUGAGUUCACCUUGGGGCCUACAGAAGAAUUCUUUGCAGAACACAACUACUUCAAUCUGGAUAAGUCCAAUGUGAUUAUGUUUGAACAGAGGAUGCUGCCAGCUGUCACCUUUGAUGGGAAGGCCAUCUUAGAGGAGAAGGGGAAAAUUGCGAUGGCUCCAGAUGGCAAUGGUGGCUUAUAUCGUGCUUUGAUGGAUAAUAAGAUCUUGGAUGACAUGAAACAGCGUGGUAUCCAGUAUGUCCAUGUAUAUUGUGUGGACAAUAUCCUCAUCAAAAUGGCAGAUCCAGUCUUCAUAGGCUUCUGUGUUUCCAAAAGGGCGGAUUGCGGUGUUAAGGUGGUGGAGAAAGCCUAUCCCACGGAGCCUGUUGGGGUAGUGUGCCUUGUGGAUGGGAUCUGUCAGGUGGUAGAGUACAGUGAGAUCAGUGUGGAGACCGCACAGCAGCAAAGCCCUGAUGGGAGGCUGAUGUACAGUGUUGGCAAUAUCUGCAACCAUUUCUUCACGGUUGAUUUUCUGCAGACAGUGGCCGAGAAAUUUGAGCCCCAGCUGAAGCAUCAUGUAGCCAUAAAGAAGGUGCCCUACAUUGACGAGGAGGGAAAUCUGGUAAAGCCGCUAAAACCAAACGGGAUAAAGCUGGAGAAGUUUGUAUUUGAUGUGUUCCAGUUCUCUAAGAAUUCCGUGGCAUUUGAAGUUGUGAGAGAAGAGGAGUUCUCGCCAUUAAAAAAUGCAGACACGGCUGACAAAGACACUCCUACCACUGUUCGGCAAUCCCUCCUGGUCCAGCACUACCGCUGGGCUCUCAAGGCUGGGGCCAAAUUUGUGGAUGAAAAUGGUUGCAGGAUACCAGAGAAACUCAGUCUCUCAGGAACUGAAGAUCCUCCUGCUGUAUGUGAGAUUUCUCCAAUAGUGUCUUACUCUGGAGAGGGUCUGGAGGAGUACAUGAAGAACAAAGACUUCUGUUCUCCCUUUAUACUCGAUGAAAACAAAGCGGAAAUUCUAAGAAAUUCUUGAAGAGGAGGGACGACUUUCCCCCCUCAAAUCUGAUGUAUAUCCAGUAUGGGAACUGACAUGACUAAAAUGUCAGCUAUUAAGUGGGCUAUGAGAAAUUGCUUUGUGUUAUUGGAUAGAUGCCAAAUCCAUGUAGCAGUUGUGUUUACACACACUUGUAUCCACUCUGUUGUUUGGUAAUUUUGAUGCCUAUGCCUUUUUACCUUGACCUGUUUUAUAGACUUAGAUAUGAAUGAAGAUUAAAGCCUUCCAGAUACCAAACAGAUUUUACAUUUCUUUUUUGUUGCAUGUACAAAUACACAAAUCAGCCGAUCAGGACAUAAUCAAUCUAAUUUGCAUUCAAGAAGUUUAAAUCUCUACAGUGCCUUGCUAGGUAUCUUUUUCGUAUUGUUAUUUUUUCUCCUUUUUUUGAAGUUGUGAGCACAGAUAAAGCAGGAUUAGUGGGAGGCCCCACCCUGAAAAUUUUUGAAUGACUUUGCACAAGGGCUCUUGCUCACAGAUGUGUCUCUUCCCUCAUCCUGUGCAGGUUAGAAGAUCCAAUUCAGCAGUUACAUUCUCUGAUGUAGCAUUUGAUGUAGGUAGGGAUGCUGCUAUACAAAGUAUUGCUUGAGAUACAAACUUUAAAGCAGAACAGACAGGUUUGCACUGCUAAGCUUGGUGGUGGCAUUCCAAGAAAAUCUAAGUAAAUGUGCAGCUUAGGAUUGUGCUUUACAGCUGUAAUGACCUGUUUAUUUUAAAACAAGAUGGUAAGAAAUAUUUUUACAGCAACCCUUUGCUCUUCUAGUCUUAUGCCAAACAUUAAUUUUGCUUUUCAUUUUUUUUCAUUACUAUAUAUUGUAUCCCUAACAGGGGGAUUCUUUUUAAGUGCCUGAAAGAAGUAAGAGGAACAAAUCCUGAUUGCAAAAUUUAAUGCUUAACCAAAAGAAAAAAAAAAUCCUCAAAUUUUUAUUUUUAAUAUAAACAGUAAAACACCAGCCUCUGCCUUUAUAGUUUCUGGGCAGGUAGUUUUCUAGCAGCUUUCACCUGUGAAAAUAGAUGCCUUCCCUUUUAAAGAUUUUACUAACCACAACAUAAGGAUAAGUAUCAGAUAACUGAGGAUGCUAAUUGUUAGAACAUAUGUAGCAAAUUGACUUUAUGCUGGCUGAGGGAUCCCAGGAUAGCUCAGGUAUACAGCUUGAUUCUUCAUGUCUAGUCUUAGGACAUUGCCUCUUGGUAGACUUGUCAUGUGGGUACCUGCUGCUAUGAAACCUGUGCUGAACAUCAUUUCAUGGGCUUACAAAAACAAAAGGUGAUCUGAUCUGUGUCCCUUAGGGAAGACUCUUCAGGUGCAUUGCUGGAUAGAAUUUGGCUGACGAGCAUACUGUACUCCUUCCCUAAAAUCAGGCAUUAAGGAAAGGCAGUGAGGAAGAUGACUCAUCUGGAUAGUUUUAUUUCAUGCAUCUGCUUCUGCUAAGAAAUUGUUGUUGCUAUUAUGAGGAAUAAAUAUUUCAAAUAACUAGUGGUGGUUUUGUGAAAUUCUUUAUACGAAGCCACAUUCAGAAUGUUGGUGAAGUUUAAAAAUAGCUUUGAGAGUAAUUAUAACUUAUAAGUAGGCUCAAGUUUUCUAGAGAAAGCAUCUAAAUGUCAAUGGCAGAAUUUUCAAGUAUAAGCUGUAUCUGCAUAUAUACAAGUAAAUAGCCUUUUGCACCUGCAGAUCAGCUAAUUACAGUUCUGAUUACCUCAUUCUGCAUCUGUAAUUGGUAGAUGUCAUUUUUAGUAUAAAUUACACAUUUGCCUUUGACAUUCAAUUCUGUAAUUUCUGUUGCACAAUCUUACCAUGGUCAUUCCAUUCAUAUCAGUCAAGUUUUACAUCUGAGAACAAAUUGCACUGUAUCUUUGUUACUAUUGCUUGUCAAAUCAGACACAGGAUUGUUUUAAAUCACACUGUGCUAUAUAGAAAGCAUGUUUCUUUUGCUCUUUCUAAAAUGCUUUCUCUUUUGAGAUUGAAUUGCAGUUCAGCCCUAUGUUCUUUGAUCUUGUGAACACUGAGCUGCUGACGUGAUUUUUAGAGGUUGUUUUCAAGGAGGAGCUGAAUUAGAAUACUGAAUGCCCUUUGUGUUGUUUUUUUUUUUUUCCUUAUGACAUUUUAAGCUGGAAUAUUAAAAAUUUUUGAGGGAACUGAAAAUAAAAAAUGCCAUAUCUGUAAUAAAAUAAUUAUGUCAUGCACUGUGAAAAGAAGAAAAAGUAUAUGAAACAAAGGGAAGUCCCAUACUGCCGUACUAUUCCAGAAACUUUUGAAAACUUAAGCAUUUUUAUAAUAAAGAUAUUACCAUGGUUUCUAUAA